AUGAUUACUGAUAGUGAAAUAAAAGAAUUUCUUCCCCAAAGUAUUAGUAAACAGUAUAAGACAGAGCCAAUCGACUAGAAUAUUAGUGAUCUCUCUUUCAGUUUUACACACAGCCUGAAAAGUAGUGUGAAACCUAAGUUGAAUGAUUCAAUACAAUUCGAAACCCAGAUAGGCUCAAGAAUUUAAUCGAAACCUCCUUUGACAUCGAAAAGCGACAAAAAGUUCUAGAUUCCAAUAAUCAGAGACAAGACAUACUUUAAUUCUGAACUGAUUAGUGAUUAAAUGUCCACUCCAAGAUCGAGAUUGUAGGAUUGCAAAUUUUAGUUAAUUCACUUAAAGUAGUAAAAUUAACAGAACCAAAAGAUCAAUAAGUAAAUAGUGGUUGAGAAAUUAUCUAAGCAAUUGAAGGAAUCUUCAACAAUCAAUAUUUCAAAAUCAAAAGAGAUGAUAUAAAUUGAGCUGUUAUUGGCUGCAUAUAAUUAAUUACACUUAAGUCAUUCAUAAUUGAGAUAAUAGAAUAAGAAUUUAGAAUAAGAAAUUAAUAUGUGGAAAUCAAAAUACCAAGAAUUGGAGAAGAAGACAAAACAAAAUAUCCAUGCUAAAAGUACAUCAUUGUAGGUUUAAUUCAACAAGCCAAUUAAUUAAAAUAUAUGGGAGAGAUUAAAAACACAACCAUAUUCAACAAAUACUUUUAAGUUGUCCUUAACAGACACUAUUAAAUAUUGA